CUGGGGCAAAACCCUUCCUUGGCCAACGCCAGCUCCCUCGGGGAGCGAGCGGAGCAGACCAGCAGCUCGGCCCGAGGAAGCUGCGCCCCUCUGGGCACAUCCCUCUCCUGGCUGGGGUGAUGGGGAGAGGGGCCGGCUGGACCCCGGGACCCCGACAGCCCCCGGGAGACACCACCCGCACACCCCCAGGCGCCCCUUCCCCUCUCCCCCGGCAGAACCCCGGCGGCUCGGGCCGCUCCUCCCUCAGCCCCGGCGGCUCCGCCCGCACCGCGGGCCCGGGGGCGGAGGGGCCCGGCCGGGGAGGGGCCGAGGCCGGAGCCCCCCGGGUGGGUGCCGAGGGAGCCCAAGGCCCCCUGAGGGCCCCCCCGGUCCUCCUCACCAGCCCCAGGGCGGCGGGCGGCACCAGCGCGGUGCUGAGCGUGUGCCAGGCGGCCGAGAGUUCCAUGCGGGCCGGGCCGGGCCGCAGGAAGGGGCGGAGCGGCGAUGAGCGGGGCCGGGGCCGCGCUGCGGGGGCAGCGCCGGGCGCUGCGGGAGGGGCUGUCGGAGCUCCGCGCCCGGCGGGACGAGCUGAGCGGGCGGAUCCGGGCGGAGGAGGCGGAGCGGGCCCGGCUGCAGGCGCGGAUGGCGGCGCUGGCCCGGCGCUUGGCCGACACCAGCGAGAGCCUGGCGGGGCUCCGGGCAGCCCGCGCCAACAUCGACCGAACCAUCGCCGAGACCGAGGCGGCCUCCGGGCAGGUACUGGACAAUUCGCAGACAUUGCUAGAUAUCCUGAAGGAAGAAAGUGGGAGAUGUAAAGCCAGUGAGCCACAAAGCAGUUCAUUAGGACAACAAGCACAUCAACAAAAGCGUUCCUAAACUUGAUUUUCAGCCUGGGAAGUCCUGCUGGUCUGGGACAGCUGCUGUUCUGGUACAAGGACGCCACAUUUAAUAAAAGCCUUUGUUUUGCAGAAGUAAAUUUUCCUUUCAGACGUGCUUUGGUAUUAGUUAAGAGAUCCACUAAAGUUGAUCCUCAAGUGUUAAGAGAUGAGGGUAGGCAUGUACAAAAAAAAUACCCUUUAUUUUGAGCACAGUGAUCCUGAAGCUGCUUCUGCCCUCAACAGCACUCACCUUGCCCUGCCAGGAGGGAGCUCAGGGUACCUGGCACAGACAGGGAUCAGAGCAGAGCUGGGGAGCACAAAGGCAGUGCUGGGUGAGGUGUGAAUCAGGGGCAGGGUAGAGCAGGAGAGCUGGAGGAAGGAGCAGGAGCCAGCAGCACACAGGGCAGCACGUGCUGCAUCCCCCAGCUCCUGAGCCUGUCCUGCCCACGGGGCUGCAGGCACUGAGUUAACUCAGGGUACAGCACACUGAGUACCAGAGCAGUGUUUCAGCUGGCUGAGGUCAGGGGAACAAGCUGCAGGAUAUUGUUGGCUUUAGCAUUCCUCAUUGAUCCAUAGCAGAACGAAGUCAGGACUAAUUCAGACACCUUGUCCCUAACUUGAGCUGAAAGCAGCUUUUGCCUUACCACCUGCAGUUUUGCUAAGCUGUGACUCUACAAACAGAGCUGCCUUAAACUGACCUGGGCUUUUCCACAGGGAAGGAUGCUCACUGGGACCUUUCCUGCUAAAAAAGCUGUGAAAAAACUUUUCUUCAAACGUAGUCCCUGGUCUUUGGCUGUGGGCAGUGUUUAACUCCACACAGCUGAGAACUUACCCCUUAAAUUUUCCUUGCAUUUUCCCUCAUUCUACCCCAGUGUCAGCACCUUGUCCUGAAGUAUUCCAUAUAACACAUGGAAUUUCACAGUACCCACAGUACCUGUGUCAUGUCCCAGGCAGGUGCACUGCAGACAUGUCCUGCUCCUGGGAGGUCAAGCAGGGAGCAGGUCUUGAGUUGGCCUGGACAGGACAAGGAGGUGCCAAGUGUUCCUUUGUGGCCCCUCCAGCCAACAUCUAACAAACUACUGAGUAUCUCAUCUUUUUCUGUGUGUGUGUUCUCUUUCCAGAAGUAUUUAGGCACAGAAGGGAACAGCUACAAGCAGGUAUGUACUAACAUUUAAUCCUGACUGUGUUUUUCAGCAGAACAACCUUCCCCUGCUGCUACAAUACACACCAAACCCAGUGCAAGGUAUGCAGAGCAUUUUCAGUUCACAGACCUCGAGUAGAUAUCCAUCAUCUCUGUAUAACAGACAAACCAAUAAACAUUAUCAAAUUUAA